AUGGAGGGCCAGUUUCAAAAAUGCCUUGCUGAUUAUGGGAUUGAUGUAGAUCGUGCUGUCAAAAAGAGAAUUCAGUGCUGGCCCAAUUCUAGUUCAGGAUGGGAUCUUCAACAAUUAGACGUUAAGAAUGCUUUCCUUCAUGGAGAGCUCAAUGAAGUAAUGCUGACCACACAUUGUUCGUUAAGAGGUCGGGUGAUAGAGUUACUAUUUCUCAUUGUCUAUGUGGAUGACAUUGUGAUAACAGGAAAUGAUAGUGUUGAGAUUGGUCUUCUCAAGAACUUUCGUGGUCGAGAGUUUGAGAUAAAAGAUCUUGGUCAACUAAGGUACUUUCAUGUGGUUGAAGUUGCUCGGUCUUCUAAAGGCAUCUUUCUUUCUCAGAGGAAGUACGUCCUUGAUUUGUUAUUUGAAAAUGGAUUGUUAGGUUGUCAUCCUUCUGAUACUCCCGUGGAAGCUAAUACUCGGGUCAAGAAAAUAUGA